CGAAUGCUUCUGCCCGUCCACCAGGAGAAAUCAGAGGGACCAGCCUGAACUAUGGGUGUGACUAGUAGGCAGUCAUGGUACAGAUGGAUGAACAAAAAUGUACUGGUGGUUGCUGUCAUCAGCUUGGCACUCUUGUCUCCGAUGGCUGUGAGUGCCUGGACGUACCACUAUGGGACUGAAUCAGUGCUGACAUGGGAAGAUGCAAGGAGGUAUUGCCAGACCUACUACACCGACUUGGUAGCAAUCCAAAACCAAGAAGAAGUCCAGUACCUCAAUGAACACAUACCUUACCAUAAAACAUACUACUGGAUUGGGAUCCGGAAGAUUUACAAUGUUUGGACCUGGGUGGGAACCAAUAAAACCCUGAUGAAGGAGGCAGAGAGUUGGGCUAAAGGCGAGCCCAACAACAAACGUUCUAACCAGGACUGUGUUGAGAUUUACAUUAAAAGGGAUUCGGAGUCUGGGAAGUGGAACGAUGAACCUUGUAAGAAAAAGAAGCGGGCCCUGUGCUACACAGCAUCUUGUCAGCCGUCUUCCUGCAGUCAGAAUGGCGAGUGUGUAGAGACCAUCGGGAACUACACCUGCCACUGUUAUCCUGGCUUCUCUGGGCCCGAGUGUGAAGAUGUUGUAAAGUGCAGGGAGAUUGAUGCUGUCCAUAGGCCACUGUCCAUGAACUGCAGCCAUCCUCUGGGGUACUUCAGUUACAAAUCCAGCUGCUUCUUUAGUUGCGACAAAGGCUUUGAAGUGAGUGGGACAGACACCUUGCAGUGCUCCCCUUAUGGGAAUUGGACAGCGCAGAUGCCACAGUGUGCAGAUGUACAGUGCCGACCAUUAAAUACCCCUGCAUAUGGUGAGCGCCACUGUUCUCCCAUCCAUAGGGAAUUCCUGUACCAGUCUAUUUGCCAUUUUAACUGCAGAGAGGGCUUUGUAGUACAUGGAGCAGAGACCAGUGUAUGUGAAGCAUCUGGUGAAUGGACUUCCCCAGAGCCAAUAUGCCAAGUCAAGCAAUGUGAGAACAUAGAAUCUCCUGCAAGAGGAACAAUGAACUGCAUACAUCCGUUGGGUGACUUCGCAUACAACUCCACUUGCAGCUUUGCUUGUGAAGAUGGAUUUCAGCUCAGUGGCUUGAACACCUUGCACUGCAGUGCAACCAGUCAGUGGACAGCAGACGUACCCAUCUGUCAUGCUGUUCAGUGCCAGCCCCUGGGGGUCCCCAUUCAUGGAAACUUCACCUGCUCCCAUUUCCAUGGGGAGUUUCAGUAUCAGUCCAGAUGCACCUUCCGUUGUACUGAAGGCUUUCAGCUGCUUGGAGAAGAGGUGACUUCAUGCACAGCAACUGGAGAGUGGACAUCACCCCCACCAGUUUGUCAAGUGAUUGGUUGCCCAAAGUUGGAUACCCCCAGGAAUGGAGGAUUAAACUGCUCUCAUCCACACAGAAGCUUUGCGUACAGUUCGGUCUGCACCUUCUCCUGCGAUAUGGGGUUUGUGAGAGUUGGACAGGAAAGGCUACAGUGCACAGCCCUGGGUCUGUGGACAGAGAAACCACCCGUUUGUGAAGCUGUGAAAUGCCACAGUCUGCAAAGCCCUGAAAAGGGGGAAAUGACCUGCUCUCAUCCCAUUGAAGAAUUUGCUUUCCAGUCUGUUUGUGAAUUUACCUGUGAAGCUGGCUUUGCCUUGGCUGAGACAAAAACAGUGGGCUGCUUGGCAACUGGGAACUGGAGUGACUCAUUACCAACUUGUCAGGUUAUUGACUGCCCAAAGUUGACUGCCCCCAAGAAUGGAGGAUUGAAUUGCUCUCAUCCACAUGGAGAUUUUGCGUACGGUUCAGCCUGCAGCUUUUCCUGUGAUAUGGGGUUUUUGCAAGUUGGACAGGAGAGGCUUCAGUGCACGGCCCUGGGAAUGUGGACAGAGGAACCACCCCUUUGUGAAGCCACCCAGUGCCCAAUUCUGCAUGUGCCAGACAAUGGCCAUUUUAACUGUUCUCACCCCCAUGGUGAUUUUGCAUAUGGCUCCAGCUGCAACUUCUUCUGCAAUGCUGGUUUCCAGCUUGUUGGAUCAGAGUUGCUGGAGUGCUUGGCUGUAGGACAUUGGACACAACAACUGCCGUCUUGCAAAGCUGUUCAGUGCCCUGCCCUAGGAACUCCAGACAACGGCCAGGGAAACUGCUCUCAUCCACAUGGAUCCUUUGCAUUCAACUCCAGCUGUGUCUUCUCCUGUGAUGCUGGUUUUCAGUUAGUUGGUUCAGAGAUGGUCUGGUGCAUGGCUAAAGGAAACUGGACAGGGGAUGUUCCCAUCUGUGAAGCCAUAUCGUGUCCCCAGCUGUGGGACCAGGAGCAUAUGGAGAUAAACUGUUCCCAUACCUGGGGUACCUUCCGCUAUAGUUCAACAUGUCACUUCCACUGUGCCGAUGGGUAUCUCCUCAAUGGAACGAGCAGGAUGGAGUGCCUGCCUGAUGGCCAUUGGUCUGCUGAGAUGCCUGUUUGCCAAGAAAAUGUUGCUCCUUUUCUCAAGCAAGUUCUGCUCUACACUGGUACAGUCACGGCAUCUGUUAUUGGCCUGUUGUUAUCUGGAACUCUAAUAGUGCUAGCAAUACGACGUCUCAGCAAAAAAGAAGAAAAAAAUAGGCUCUUGAAUUCCACCAGUGAUUUGGGUGCACCUGGGGUCUUCUCCAAUGCGGCAUUUGCUUCCUAAGAGCUCCUCUGGUGGAUGACCCUGGGAGAAGACCACAGAGAGGAUGGAAUUUUCCAAUUUAGUGGUGCCUCUUGAGUUAAUGUAGAGCUGGAAAAAAUUCAGGCUGAAACACCUGCCUCUACCUCGGAUCUUGCUGCGCUGAACUUCUGUUCUCCUUCCAGCUGUAGCAUUUCAAGGAUGUUGCAUCAUUUAUUGUUACACACUCUGAUGACUGCAUUUUCCUUCUGCUGUCAGACUCUAAACAACUUACAAAGUUAAGAAACUUAACCACCUAAAGGUCUGGGGGAGAUGUUGUUCCUACAAAACCAUAUCAGCACCUAUGGUGAACUGUGCUCUGCUGGAAGUAACAAUUCUUCUUGCUUCACUCAAACUCCUGUCCGCUAAAAACUGCUUUAAAAAAAUCAGAUCUUGAGUUUAAAAUCUUGGAAAUCUCUGUUCCUGCACAGUCAAGAGAUGCCCAAAUUGCCUCAUGACAGACACACCAGGUUUUUUUACCCACCAUUUAUUACACCUUGCUCUUUAGAGAUUAGGGAAAGUUAAUCCUGAUCCAAGAAAAUGUCAUUAUAAGAAUAAACUAAAAAGAACAUCAGAUAUGUUUUAUUUAAAGGUUAUACCUGGGCACCUCCGACCAGUGGAUAUCUUAUUCAGCCAUCGCUUUGGCUUCUGUGAUUACACCACGAUUUGCUCACACUGCUUUCAAGCAGAUUGUAACCAAUCGGGACUAGAGACUUAUUUUUGGAAAAAGUGAAAGAUAACGAUUCUUAGUAAACUGGAUCCUGCUACAUCUUGAAUUUACAUGGGAUUA